GGCAGCCAAUAUACCAACAAAAUGAAAAUAGAUAAUGCUAAAAAGUAAAAAGUUAGAGAUCACGGCAGAAAUUUGUUAACGAAAAACUCAGUCUAAAACAUAAACAAAACAAUAGAAAAAAGAAAACAAAAGCCAAAACUGCUACUGGCGACAAUUGUGGCUGUAAAGAAUCUUAUGAAUUUCGCAACAAUUCUGGCCAAAUUGAGUGGAGAAAAGUUUUGUCGUGUCUGCCACAGAAGAUACGUAUAAAAAAAACCCAUUAAAACGCAAGUGAAGGCUACACACAAAAAACUUAAGGCAGUGGUUUGCUUUGAAGGGGGACGACAACAAGCAGCAAUAGCAACAGCAAGCAAGCAAGCAGCAGCAAAUGAACAGCACUAUUGAUCCGUUUGUGUAAAACUCUCUUACCUUAGAUAUUUUUUGUUAAAUAUUCAAUUUAUUUCUCGGCAAUUGUUUUCCAAAAAAACCAGACGGGCAUAAGAAGACGUUCGCGACAGGGUGUUUUCCCACACAGAUCCCCUUUUUUUAAACUACUAAAAAAAGGGGUUCCAGCCAUACAAAUCAAAAACACACGCCACGCAAAAUAAGAAAAGAAGAAAAAUAUAUUUUUUUUGUUAAAUCUAUUUUACACAACGUUGACGUCGACGACACACAUAAGGGACCAUCAUCAUGAUGAACAAUUACAGUAAUAUGAUGAUGGGCGGCGAACAGUUUCGCAAAAUGGAUUCAAACUAUUCGCCCAAAUCAUCGCCACAUGGCGGACGAUCGCCCGUUGUCUCGCGACAAGACUCAUCGGGCACCCUUAAGGCCACAAUAUCGCUGGGGAAGACGCCAACGAUAAUACAAACGGGACCAUUCUAUUCGAUGAAAGAACCACCGGGGAAGGGUGAACUGACGGGCGAUAAAGAUCUCAUGACUGAAUAUGGUUUACAUCAUACACUAACAAAAUUUAAGGAUAAGAAAGUCAAAGAAUCACUGUCCUCAUUUUUGCCCAAUCUGCCAGGAAUCUACGAUGGCAUGAAUAAUUUGGAAAACAGUACAUUACGCAGUGUCAUUGAUAAACCCCCCAUAGGAGGUAAAGAGCUAUUGCCUUUAACCUCAGUACAAUUAGCUGGUUUCAGAUUACAUCCCGGACCGUUACCGGAACAGUAUAGAGCCUUCAAUACAAUCCCCGCACGCAAACAUAAAAACAAACAUAAAAAACAUAAACACAAAGAUGGCCAACAGCCGCCCGAAACAAAUCUAAUGGAUUCUUCCGGUUUAGAGACUUAUGAGAAAAAACACAAAAAACAAAAACGCCACGAGGACGAGAAAGAGCGAAAAAAGCGCAAAAAGGAAAAGAAACGCAAAAAGAAAUCUCACAGUCCGGAGCCACCAUCGUCGGGCGGGGUGUCGCCCAUGCUGGGUGGUGGCUCACAGAUUCCGGGUGUUGGCGGUAUGAUGAUGGGCGGUCCAUCGUCGAUGUCAGCGAUGCAGGGUGGUGCCGUUGGCAUGGGUAGUAGCCUUCAGGGCCUGGCGACGGGUCCAAACAAUCCGCUGGGGCCUGGUUCAGGUGUCACAAAUAUGUCAGGCCCUGGUGGUAUGAUGAUGCCUCAACAUGCUUCUUUAUUUUAGUUUAAAUUUUUUUUAUUUUAAUUUUAAACAAAUUAAGUCAUGUUUUAUGAUUUUUUUUUAGGUUGAAAUUCUAUUUUUUUGUUUACCAAAAAAAAAGGAAAACAGAAAAGCAAAAAGAAGAAGAAGAAUAACUAUUAUACAAUUGUCAAUAUAUUUACCCAAAUCCCCACUUGAAUAAGAAUUUUUUUAGUUUUCCCCCCUUUUUAAUGUUUAUCAAAUCCCUUACUCCCCACACCUUCGCCCCCUGGUCGUCCCUUCUCAGAGAUACUGUGUAUGUUAAUAUGGUAUUAAGCUGGAAACACAGUCAAUUUGUCAUUCCCAAAGUUGUUUAGAUUAUUUCCUAAAUCCCAAAAUCUCACUCCAAAAAUCCCCCGCCUUCCUUGUGGUUCCCUUUCAACACUUUGCUCCCAAGAAUUUUUAGAAUACAAAUGCUAAACAAAAGAAAAGAUCUUCCAUCAUGUGUUGUUUAUUUAGAAUUUACUACCUCCCCCACCCCCCUCUUUAACUAAUUUAAUAGUCUCCCCCUCACAUUUAAUCAACUGCCUAGUAGUUUUUGUUUUUUUUUUAUUAAUUUUUAUUAGGUUUUUUUUUUCUUUCAAUCCUCCCCCAAAAACCUUUUCGCCUGCCUUCCUUGGCUCCUUGUUUUCACAAGUUUUAGUUAUCCACUUUUUUUUAUUAAAUAAAAAUUGUAAUAUUUUUUCUUUUGCUUUCAAAAACUUUAGCAAUUAAGGUUUAAUAAACACACUUUUUUAUGAAAAAAAUUUAUUAUUAAAAAACAAAACAAAAAUACAAAAAAUAUAUUAUUUAGUUAUUUAAGAGUUGUAUGCAAAACAAAACAAACAAACAAAAAAAAAAAGAAAAUAAUGAUAAUUAGAAAUUUAACAGAAGGAAAAGAAAAAACAAGCAAAAAACAAAACAAACAAAAAAAAUCAAAUAAUAAAUUAAAUUUAUAAAAAAAAUGCAAAAAAA